AGCAGAUUAGGUGAAAAAUCUCAUAAACCCCACCUGGACAUCGACCAGACAACCCAUUUUCUUUCUCACAUCUCUCCCAGCUCUACAAAUACCCGACCUUUCUCUUCUUUCCGACUUGACUUUUCACAUCCUUCAAAAUGGGCUUCACCGAUCUCGUUUCCGAUGCUGGGCUUACCGUGCUCAACAGCUGGUUGAGCACCCGCUCUUACAUUGUUGGCCAAUCAGCCUCUCAGGCUGAUGUCGCUACCUUCAAGGCUCUCUCUAGCGCUCCUGACGCUGAGAAGUACCCCCACGCCGCUCGAUGGUACAAGCACAUUGCUAGCUACGAGAGCCAGUUCGCCACCCUCCCUGGUGAUGCUGCUGCUCCCUACACCACCUACGGCCCUGAGACCGCGGAGGUGACCAUCAACCCCGCCCAGGCUCCUGAGAAGGCCGAGGGAGGUGAUGACGACGAUGUCGACCUGUUUGGCAGCGACGACGAGGAGGAGGAUGAGGAGGCUGCCCGCGUCCGUGAGGAGCGUCUUGCUGAGUACAAGAAGAAGAAGGAGGCCAAGCCUAAGACCAUCGCCAAGUCCGUCGUCACUCUUGACGUCAAGCCUUGGGAUGAUGAGACCGAUAUGGUUGCCCUCGAGGCUGCCGUCCGUGCUAUUGAGAAGGACGGCCUCGUCUGGGGUGCUUCCAAGCUCGUCCCCGUGGGCUUCGGUGUCAAGAAGCUCCAGAUCAACAUGGUUGUUGAGGACGAGAAGAUUUCCGUUGCCGACCUUGAGGAGGAGAUCCAGGAGCUUGAGGAUUACGUCCAGUCCACUGACGUCGCUGCCAUGCAGAAGCUAUAAAAAGCCUGCGGAAACUACGUCAAACUUAUGAUGAGGCACGACGGCGAGGACUUAUGACCAAUGGGAUCUUAUGACUUCGAAUGAGCUACGUACAGGUGGAAAAGUCAUGAAUCCUACCCCUUCGUACCGACCAUAGAUUAUGAAAACAAAAACAAAUAUGACUGAGUAUAAUAUUCGUUACCAGUAGCUUUCAGGAUGUUUCACCCCGCAAGUUGGAGCCACUCGUAUGUGAUAACGCAUCCACGUUGAUGAGAAAGAAAAA